AUGUUUUAAUUGUCCUUUGAUAAGGAGAUAAUACUACUAAAGAGAAGCUUGAAGGCAAAUUAAUAUUUUCUACUUCCUAUUAUUGUUAAUCUUCAGGUUGCUGCUCUAUUAUAUCAUAUUUUUUAGCUUUAUUAAGUAGAUUUUCCAAUUGUAUGCAUUGAGUUAUGCCUUUUUCGGUAAUCCCUGGAUUGUAGAGCUAAGGAUCUGGUGGAUACAUAGAGAGCAUAAAUUUUAUUGGGUUUUUUGAAACCCAUACAUUUAUUGGAGAUUCAGCAUGACGAACGUAAAUUACAUUCUUUUGCUCGAACUAUUCAAAUAAAUAAUUGCUAAAUUAAAGAGUAGUAAUCUUGGUUAUUUUUUAGUAUUCUUUAGGGUUGUUAAUAAAAUAUGAAAAUUCAUAGUGAUUUUUGA